ACCCCCUCCAUCAUUCCUCUUUUUCAAACUCUUCAAACCAAAACCCUCUCUCACUCCAUUUUUUACUUAGCACUCUCAAUUUUCUCUCUGCAACUGAAAUUCCCUCCGCGUCAGGUCCGUUGGUUCAAUUAUUCAAUUCAAAUCCGAUUAACCGUUGAUUCCACCGAUUCUAAAACGAUGUCGUAUCGACCAACCGCAAACGCGAGGACCGAUGUCCGUCGCAAUCGGUACAAAGUGGCCGUUGAUGCCGAAGAAGGUCGCAGACGGAGAGAGGAUACUAUGGUUGAGAUCCGAAAGAACCGUAGGGAAGAGAGCUUGCAGAAGAAGAGACGCGAGGGACUUGCUCAGCAGAUGCCUGCAUCAGCUCAAUCUACGCUAAUAGAGAAAAAGUUGGAACACCUACCAUCCUUGGUUACAGGUAUUUGGACUGAUGAUAAUAACAUGCAGUUCGAGGCAACUACUCAGUUUCGGAAGCUGCUUUCAAUCGAACGUAGCCCACCAAUUGAGGAGGUUAUACAAGCUGGUGUCGUUCCUCGCUUUGUUGAGUUUUUGAUGAGGGAAGAUUUCCCACAGCUGCAGUUUGAGGCUGCUUGGGCUUUGACAAAUAUAGCUUCUGGAACAUCUGAAAACACUAAGGUAGUAAUUGAUCACGGUGCUGUCCCAAUUUUUGUCCAGCUCCUUGCUUCUCCUAGCGAUGAUGUCCGUGAACAGGCUGUGUGGGCAUUAGGAAAUGUUGCUGGAGAUUCACCUAGGUGCCGUGAUCUUGUUCUCAGUCAUGGAGCUUUGCUUCCUCUGUUGGCACAAUUGAAUGAGCACGCCAAACUUUCUAUGCUCAGAAACGCUACUUGGACACUUUCAAACUUCUGCAGGGGGAAGCCACAGCCUGCUUUUGAACAGGUUAAACCUGCACUUCCUGCACUUGCCAGUCUCAUCCAUUCAAAUGACGAAGAAGUCUUAACUGAUGCUUGUUGGGCACUUUCAUAUCUUUCUGAUGGUACUAAUGACAAAAUUCAAGGCGUAAUUGAUGCUGGUGUCUGUAGCCGGCUUGUUGAGCUUCUACUGCACCCAUCUCCUUCUGUUCUUAUUCCUGCUCUUCGAACAGUUGGAAAUAUUGUCACAGGAGACGACAUGCAGACACAGGUUAUCAUCAACCAUCAAGUUCUUCCCAGUCUUCUGAAUCUCUUGACUAAUAAUUAUAAAAAAAGCAUCAAGAAGGAAGCAUGUUGGACAAUAUCGAACAUCACAGCUGGGAAUAAACAACAGAUUCAGGCUGUGAUUGAUGCUAAUAUAUUUGGUCCUUUGGUCCACUUGCUUCAAAAUGCUGAGUUUGAUAUCAAGAAGGAAGCUGCCUGGGCCAUCUCAAAUGCUACAUCGGGUGGUUCUCAUGAACAAUUAAAAUACCUGGUAAGUCAAGGGUGUAUUAAGCCCUUGUGUGAUCUUCUCAUAUGUCCUGAUCCUAGGAUUGUGACAGUUUGUCUGGAAGGGCUGGAAAACAUUUUGAAGGUAGGUGAAGCUGAUAAAAAUGUUAGCAACACUGAUGGUGUGAAUCUGUAUGCCCAAAUGAUUGAUGAUGCUGAGGGGUUGGAGAAAAUUGAGAACCUCCAGAGUCAUGACAACACUGAGAUUUAUGAAAAGGCGGUGAAGAUUCUCGAGACAUACUGGUUGGAGGAUGAGGACGAGACUAUGCCUCCAGGGGAUGCUUCUCAAUCAGGGUUCAACUUUGGUGGCUCUGAAGUUCCUUCUGUGCCCACUGGUGGAUUCAACUUCAACUAGAAGGAUUUUUGGCUGUUCUAUCUGUGAAAUCCUCCGGUGUGACAGUUCAACGGUGGGGGAAGUCAGCGUUGUUUCAUUAUCCUUAGGUUCUAUAAGGUUCAGCUUUGGUAAAUAGGCCGAUACCUGACCGGCUUAGGUUUUUGAAAUGGCUGGUUUUUUUACAUACAUCAGGGGGACAGUUGGGUUGUGGCUUGUUUCUUGCCACUUCAGAGUUAAAUAUUUGAGUUUGCUUUCGGCCAAGUGAUCAUUUCAAGUGAUUUGGCUCUUUUAUAUAAUUUCAUUUUAUGUCAAGUUUUGUUAUUUUUCCUGCAUAGAUAGAUUGGAGUCAGCAAGUACCACUUAUGAUUCUGAGUAUUUUGGCAAAUAUUACAUGAUGACACUAUUCUUUCUUCAUUUUAGUUGGGCAAGGAACUGCGGAGUUUUUCUUUUACCCUGUCCCAUUGUUUCGUUGAAGUUUACCCUAAAGUUUCAAUGUGUUACAAAUCUGGUUUGGGCAAGUCUUACCAAAAAUAGCGUGCAGCAAUUUUUGUAUUCGAACAAAAAUUAUAAUUUAUUGCUCCGUUGGUUUCCUUCA